AUGUCGACGACAAUGGACCAAGUGGUGAAAAAAGCAAAAGAUAGUUUUGGACCGAUAUUUGACAAAAGUUUACAUGAUCUCGUUCGAGGAAUACGAAGCCAUAAGGAUGAUGAAUCAAAAUUUAUCAACGAAGCCAUUGAUGAGAUCAAACAAGAAUUGAAACAAGAGAAUAUGUCGGUCAAAGCCAAUGCUGUUAAUAAAUUAACAUAUCUUCAAAUGUUGGGCUAUGACAUAUCAUGGAGUGCAUUUAAUAUAAUCGAAGUCAUGAGUUCAAAUAAAUUCACAUUCAAAAGAAUUGGUUAUUUGGCUGCAUCGCAAUGUUUUCAUGAAGGAACCGAUGUAUUGAUGUUAACAACAAAUAUGAUUCGAAAAGACCUGAAUAGCUCGUCGAUGUAUGAAGCUGGCCUGGCAAUGAGUGGUCUCUCAUGUUUCAUUAACGCUGAUCUGGCGAGAGAUUUAGCAAAUGAUAUUAUGAGUUUGUUAUCGUCAACGAAACCGUAUAUUCGGAAAAGAGCAGUUUUGCUUUUGUAUAAAGUAUUUUUAAAUAAUCCAGAUGCACUCAAACCUGCAUUUCCACGUUUACGUGAGAAAUUGGAAGAUCAAGAUCCAGGUGUUCAAGCGGCAGCUGUCAAUGUCAUCUGUGAGCUAGCAAGACGCAAUCCAAAGAAUUAUCUUUCAUUAGCACCGAUUUUCUUUCGUUUGAUGACGUCAUCAACAAACAAUUGGGUUUUAAUCAAAAUCAUUAAACUAUUUGGUGCAUUAACACCGUUGGAGCCAAGAUUAGGCAAGAAAUUGAUUGAACCAUUAACAAAUUUAAUUCACAGUACAUCUGCGAUGUCUUUACUCUAUGAAUGUAUCAAUACUGUCAUUGCUGUUCUUGUUUCGAUAUCAACAGGUUUACCGAAUCAUGAAGCGUCGAUUCAAUUAUGUGUACAGAAACUUCGUAUUCUUAUCGAAGAUUCGGAUCAGAAUUUGAAAUAUCUUGGCCUCCUUGCCAUGUCGAAAAUAUUGCAAACACAUCCCAAAAGUGUUCAAGCGCAUAAUGAUUUAAUUCUUCAAUGUCUGGAUGAUAAAGAUGAAUCCAUUCGUUUACGAGCACUUGGCCUUCUUUCCGGAAUGGUAUCGAAAAAGAACUUAAUGGAAAUUGUGCGAAAACUAAUGAUCCAUAUGCAUAAAUCUGAAGGAUCACAUUAUCGCGAUGAAUUAUUAUCGAAAAUCAUCGGAGUUUGUAGUCAAAAUGAUUACCAGUAUAUAGCUAAUUUCGAAUGGUAUGUAAGCAUUUUGGUUGAACUCACUCGACUCGAGGGCACAAAACAUGGCGGUAUGAUAUCAUUACAAUUACUCGAUGUAGCUGUUCGAGUGGAAUCGAUUCGUCAAUUUGCAUGUAAUCAAAUGGCGAUUCUUCUGGAAAAUGCGCAUGUUUUUAUUCUUGGUUCGAAUUCUUCCAGUGUUGCUGAAGUUUUAUAUGCAGCUGCGUGGAUUUGUGGAGAAUUCAGCUCGAGUCUGAAAGAACCAGAAAAAACUUUGGAAGCAAUGCUAAAUACGAAGAUAACGUCAUUCCCUGGACAUAUUCAAUCAGUUUAUUAUCAGAACAUCUUGAAAGUCAUCACGCAUAUAAUUAUAUCAUCGGAGAAUGGUGGAACAGUGGCCAAAGAUCUUGUUUCGAUGGCGAUUACGAAAAUGUCCGUGUUUUUAUCGAGUGGCGAUGUUGAAGCACAAGAACGAGCAAGUGUGGUUUUAAAUAUCCUUAAAGUCGUACUAAAAUUAAUCGAAAAAUCGGAAUUUAAUCCGAACGAACUGACAGUUCUCUUCGAUGGCGUUCUCAAUCCUGUUGCAAGCAAAGCUCAACGCAAAGUUGCCAUACCGAAUGGGUUGGAUUUGGAUGCUUGGAUCAAUGAUCCACCGUCUGAAAGCGAAGACGAAACAGUUCCAAGUAAUCCUUACGAGUACAGUAAACAAGGUUUAUUUUCGGACGAUCAACGAGAAAAUUAUUACAAUGCAAGCAAUCUUAGCUCGAAUACAGGUGAUAACUCACCGAGACAAUAUACUGAAUUAACAAGCGAAGAAUUAGACAAACAACGAGAGACGAGAAAACAAAGCGAACAUUUAAAUCCAUUCUAUAUAAAAGAAACGAAAAAAUCGAAAUCAACUGCACAAACGAAUGUAUCAUCGGCCAUUUUGGAUAGCAGUGAUCGUUCACAACCAGCAAUGUCGAAAGGAACUAUUCCUGCUGGUUUGCAACUAGUAUCAUCCGAUCAAUUGUAUCGUCAGUCGAAAAUUGAUCAAGAAAAUCAUCGUUUAAAGAACAAAUCCAAGGCGGAUAGUGGAUCAGCGAAAAAAGGCAAGAAAUCAACGAGAAAAACUGAUUCUGCAGCUGCUGACAAUGUCGAUGAGAAUCUCUAUCCAGCAAUCAAAGUAACACGUGGCGGAGAAUUACCCGAAGGUGCUACUGAAAGUGGUAAUGAAGACAACGACGAAGAAAAAUAUGUUGGAAAAAACAAAAAAUAUGACCCCCAUCGUGCAUUGAAUAUCGAUUUGAGCGAACCUGUACAUGUCGUACCUCCCUUAGCACCAGCACUAGCAGUUCCAGAACCCAUUUCGACAGUUACUGAACAAUUAACAACGGCUACAACAAAGACAAAGAAGAAGAAAAAAACUGAAAAGGAUGAAAAACCCAAAUCGAAGUCAAAACGAGAACGUACCGAUUAUAAACAGUUAUCACCUGGUGACGAAGAAGACAAACGCGUUGCAUCACCAACUCCACUACAACCGCCAGCAGCGACUAGCACCAUUGUUGAGACCACUGUACCUAAAGAGAAGGUGAAAAAGAAGAAGCCUAAAGGGAAGGAGUCGACAACAGAGACACUAACCUCAGCACCAUUAGUUCGCGAUAUCAUGGGUGAUGAUGAUAUCAAUCCAAUGAGUUCUUCCAACCAACAAGCCAACGAACCAGCUAUUUAUAAAUCAAUUGCUGAAUCGGAACAUUUACUCAUCACAUCUUCCAUUACUCCAUCAUCGUCUCCUGCUCAAUUAGAUGUGACAUUUUUAUUAAAAAAUCGUACAUCAUCAAUUAUCAAUCAGAUUGAUGUGCAUGUGAUCGAUAGUAUGAGUUCGAAAUUAUUGAACACAACUAGUCCAAAUCAUGUUUCAUUUCCAUCAAUCAGUGUGUUUCCGCAUGCUGAAUAUUAUAUCCAUAUAUACUUUGCAAUUACAGCCAUAUCAUUUCCACAAAAAUUAAAAACAACGUUAACUUAUACAAUUAAUAAACCCUCGAGUGAAAAUUCUAAAGAAACAAUUGAAUUCAAACUCGAUUUACCUUGUUCACAAUAUUUAAUAAAGAAAACAAUAGAUUCAAAUGCAUUUGCUGAUUUAAUGAGUUCAAGUACUUUAACUAGUCAAUCACAUAUCAAUAUUCCAUCAUCUAGUCAAGAUUUUCCAUCUAUACUUAAAAUUCUCUGUCAAUCUUAUCGAUUUACUGUUGUUGAUCAAAUUGCUUCUGCUGCAUCUUUAUAUUCAGAAAGUGUUCUAGGCCAUCCGAUAGCACUACUUUUGAAAUCAUCUAACGGUAUUGCCAUCGAUGGCAAGUCAACUGAAAUGCAUUUCUUAUCGAAUUUAUUGGAAGAAAUGAAAAACUUCUUCAAAUGA